UGGGAGCUCUCAUUGAUGCGGCUGGGGUGGAGAAUUGUGAUCCAAGGUUCUGAUCAGAAGCAGGCAUGCUGACCAGGAGAGGUCUUCUCCCCAGCCUGCCUCCGGGAGCUAGGACUGCGGAGGGGCCCGCCAUGGUGGUCCCAGGACCCCCAACUUUUACCCUGUUGCUGCCCAGCCUCACCCUGCUGGCGUUACACCUCUCCAGCUCCCAGGACGCAUCCAGCGAGCCCAGCAGUGAGCAGCAGCUAUGCACCCUGAGGGAGCGCCCCGUCGUGGCCUUUGCAGAUCUAAAGCCGUGGGUCUCUAACUUCACCUACCCUGGAGCCCGAGAUUUCUCCCAGCUCGCUCUAGAUCCCUCCAGGAACCAGCUCAUCGUGGGAGCCAGGAACUACCUCUUCAGACUCAGCCUUGCCAAUGUCUCCCUCCUUCAGGCCACGGAGUGGGCCUCCAGCGAGGACACGCGCCGCUCCUGCCAAAGCAAAGGGAAGACUGAGGAGGAGUGUCAGAACUACGUGCGAGUCCUGAUUGUCGCUGGCCGGAAGGUGUUCAUAUGUGGGACCAAUGCCUUUUCCCCAGUGUGCUCCAGCAGACAGGUGGGGAACCUCAGCCGGAUCAUCGAGAAGAUCAAUGGCGUGGCCCGCUGCCCCUAUGACCCACGUCACAACUCCACAGCUGUCAUCUCCUCCCAGGGGGAGCUCUAUGCAGCCACGAUCAUUGACUUCUCAGGUCGGGACCCCGCCAUCUACCGUAGCCUGGGCAGUGGGCCGCCGCUUCGCACUGCCCAGUAUAACUCCAAGUGGCUCAAUGAGCCAAACUUCGUGGCAGCCUACGACAUUGGGCUGUUUGCGUACUUCUUCCUGCGGGAGAACGCGGUGGAGCAUGACUGCGGACGGACCGUGUAUUCUCGAGUGGCCCGCGUGUGCAAGAACGACGUGGGGGGACGCUUCCUGCUGGAGGACACGUGGACCACGUUCAUGAAGGCCCGGCUCAACUGCUCCCGCCCAGGCGAGGUCCCUUUCUACUACAACGAGCUGCAGAGCGCCUUUCACCUGCCUGAGCAGGACCUCAUCUAUGGGGUCUUCACCACCAACGUAAACAGCAUCGCUGCUUCUGCCGUCUGCGCCUUCAACCUCAGUGCCAUCUCCCAGGCUUUUAACGGCGCUUUUCGCUACCAGGAGAACCCCAGGGCUGCCUGGCUCCCCAUCGCCAACCCCAUCCCCAAUUUCCAGUGUGGCACCCUGCCCGAGGUGGGCCCCAAGGAGAACCUGAACCUGACGGAGCGCAGCCUGCAGGAUGCACAGCGCCUGUUCCUGAUGAGCGAGGCCGUGCAGCCGGUGACACCCGAGCCCUGCGUCACCCAGGACAGCGUGCGCUUCUCACACCUCGUGGUGGACCUCGUGCAGGCCAAGGAUACGCUGUACCACGUGCUCUACAUCGGCACCGAAUCGGGCACCAUUCUGAAGGCACUGUCCACGACGAGCCGCAGCCUGCGCGGCUGCUACUUGGAGGAGCUGCAUGUCCUGCCCCCCGGGCGCCAUGAGCCCCUGCGCAGCCUGCGGAUCCUGCACAGCGCCCGCGCGCUCUUCGUGGGCCUAAGCGACGGGGUGCUGAGGGUGCCACUCGAGAGAUGCACGGCCUACCGCAGCCAGGGGGCAUGCCUGGGGGCACGGGACCCCUACUGCGGCUGGGAUGGGAAGCAGCAACGUUGCAGCACGCUCGAGGACAGCUCCAACAUGAGCCUCUGGACCCAGAACAUCACAGUGUGUCCUGUACGGAAUAUGACACGAGAUGGAGGGUUUGGCCCAUGGUCACCAUGGCAACCAUGUGAGCACUUAGAUGGGGACAACUCAGGCUCUUGCCUGUGUCGGGCUCGAGCCUGUGACUCCCCCCAACCCCGCUGUGGGGGCCGCGACUGCCUGGGACCAGCCAUCCACAUCGCCAACUGCUCCAGAAACGGGGCAUGGACCCCGUGGUCGUCGUGGGCCCUGUGCAGCACGUCCUGUGGGAUCGGCUUCCAGGUCCGCCAGCGAAGUUGCAGCAACCCUGCUCCCCGCCACGGGGGCCGCAUCUGCGUGGGCAAGAGCCGCGAGGAGCGGUUCUGCAACGAAAACACUCCUUGCCCAGUGCCCAUCUUCUGGGCAUCCUGGGGCUCCUGGAGCAAAUGCAGCAACAACUGUGGGGGCGGCGUGCAAUCGCGGCGUCGGGCCUGCGAGAACGGCAACUCCUGCCCGGGCUGCGGCGUGGAGUUCAAGACGUGCAACCCCGACAGCUGCCCCGAAGUGCGGCGCAACACGCCGUGGACCCCGUGGCUGCCCGUGAACGUGACGCAGGGCGGGGCUCGGCAGGAGCAGCGCUUCCGAUUCACCUGCCGCGCGCCCCUGCCCGACCCCCACGGCCUGCAGUUUGGCAGGAGGAGGUCGGAGACGAGAACCUGCCCCGCGGACGGCUCAGGAGCCUGCGAUACCGAUGGCCUGGUGGAGGAUCUCCUGCGCAGCGGGAGCGCCUCCCCGCACACAGUGAGCGGGGGCUGGGCCGCCUGGGGCCCGUGGUCGUCCUGCUCUCGGGACUGCGAGCUGGGCUUCCGUGUCCGCAAGAGAACCUGCACGAACCCGGAGCCCCGCAAUGGGGGCCUGCCCUGCGUGGGCGACGUCGCCGAGUACCAGGACUGCAACCCCCAGACUUGCCCAGUGCGCGGUGCUUGGUCCUGCUGGACCCCAUGGUCCCUGUGCUCUGCGUCCUGUGGUGGGGGCCACUAUCAACGCACACGCUCCUGCACCAGCCCGGCACCCUCCCCUGGCGAGGACAUCUGCCUGGGGCUGCACACGGAGGAGGCUCUGUGCGCCACCCACGCCUGCCCAGAAGGCUGGUCGCCAUGGUCUGAGUGGAGUGUGUGCACCGAGGACGGAGCCCAGAGCCGCAGCCGGCACUGUGAGGAGCUCGUCCCAGGGCCCAGCUCCUGUCUGGGAAACAGCAGCCAGAGCCGCGCCUGCCCCUACAGUGAGAUUCCGGUGAUCCUGCCUGCCUCCAGCAUGGAGGAUGCCACUACCUGUGGAGGGUUCACUAUCAUCCACCUGGUGGCCACGGGUGUCUCCUGCUUCCUGGGCUCUGGGCUCCUGACCUUGGUGGUGUACCUAUCCUGCCAGCACUGCCAGCGCCAGUCCCAGGAGUCCACACUCGUCCAUCCUGCAACCCCCAACCACCUGCUCUAUAAGGGCGGGGGCACCCCCAAGAACGAGAAGUACACACCCAUGGAGUUUAAGACCCUGAACAAGAAUAACCUGAUCCCCGAUGACAGAGCCAGCUUCUACCCACUGCAGCAGACCAACGUGUACACGACCACCUACUACCCCAGCCCACUGAACAAACACAGCUUCCGGCCCGAGCCCUCACCUGGACAACGGUGUUUCCCCAACAGCUGAUACCACCAUCCUGGGGACUUGAGCUCAUUGCCUUCCCAAGGCACAGAGCAGUUGGAGAUGGGACAGUGGAGCCAGUUUGGUUUUUUUUCCCUCCGCACUAGGCCAAAAACUUGCUGCCUUACCUUAUGGGGGUCCCAUCUGGCUUCAAAGAGCCCCAGCUGGUGGUGACCAUGGGGGAGAGGGCUGGCUCCAGGCUGGCACCAAGUUGCAGCUCCAGCUCAGCCCAGGUCUCUCAUGGCCUCCUGUGACCCACCAUCAUGCAAACCUACUCCCCUGCCAUGUCUGGGCUGCACACCUCCUAGGCAUGUGGGGAAUUGGAGAGUGGAGCUGGCAGGAGGGCAGGCUCUUGAGGUUGGAGUUGGAAAUGACUUCCUGUGGCCACCACAAGCCAAGUCCGCAGCUUUCUGGCUGGCCCCAGGAAGGGCCUGGGCUACAUCCUGAUUAUCUCUGUGAAGGGAACCAAUCAAAUGGUCCCAGUUGCUCUGGAUUCUCUGCCCAGGGCUGGGCCAUUGUGGUGCUGCCCCAGUGUGACGUCGGGGAUCAAGGUCGGCCCCAGGUUGUCCACUCCUGCCAAGCAGUCUGCACUUUGCCCAGGGACAUCCCUCCAGUCAGAGGGAAUGAGCACUGGCAGCUGAUCUCUGCUGAGAAGGUCUUUAAUCUGGGCUCACAUCAGCAUCAGUCUUACCCUCUUCAGAAUGCACGAAAGAUGGCCCAGGAGAAAGGGAAGCUCAAAACUCUAGGAGGCAGGAGUCCGGUAUCCAUGCUUCUCUGGAGACUGCCUUCCAGUUGCUGCUCUACACAGUUGUUGGCUGAGACAUGCUUGGGAGUCUCUGCUGGCCCCUCAUCUGUUCAGGAACAUACACACACACAGUCAGAAUCUGCUACAGCACAAAAAAGGAGCUGGGCUGUGGCAUUAUUAAUUAAAGAUGAUAUCCAUUCUCCAAA